UACAUACUCCAGCUUUCGAUUGUUUUCAAAAAUAGAGACUAGGCAGUCGAAUUCUGCAAUUGUUCCUUGUGAGCAAAUUGUUCAAGCAAUGGAAAUGGAGGAGACUAGGCAGACGAAUUCUGCAGAUGGCUCCAUACCCGUUCUUUAUUAGUUACAGGGAACUGACGGGAAACUACUCUGGUAUGAAGGGCUACGGAAUUUAUUGAAAUUUGACGGUAAACUGGACUGAAAAGAUUUUCUAACACCUUAACUUUGGCUCUUUAUAAAUAUCAGGAGAUGUAUGGAAUUCUAUUGUACGGAGUAUUUGGUUAUCUCAAGGAGUGACGUUACCUCACUCUAACGAGGAGGAGAAGGAACAUGAGAAGCUCCAUAGUCCAUAGCCAUGGGACCUUGGCCGCCAAAAGAGUACUCCUUUCCUCCCCACAAAGUUCAAGAAUUGAAGCUUUUUCAGUAGAGGGGUUUUUCAAGGCCCCAAAGACUCUCACCAAAACUAAUACUAUGAUGUCAUCAAUAAAAAACCAAGCAGCUAGUACGUACAUUCUCUCUAUAUAUAUGUCUGUUCUUUAUCAUAAAUUCGCAAUGUUUCUCAUUCUUUCUAUUCUAGUAGUAGGUGAACAGAGAUAUGCAUAUGUGUACAUGAGCUAAUAAGGAUUGGUUCUUUGCCAAAGCAGACGAAGGAAUUGACAAGAGUAUAUAUGCAAUCCUGACUGUCGACCGCUGGGAAUCAUUAAACAAGAUGCGUUAUAAGAUGGCUUCACUAAGGCCAGUUCACGGGAGGCUAACUUUGAAAUUCUUGAAAUGGUUUAUAAAACAACCAGGUUUAGAGAUUGACCACAUUAUUCACAUGCACUGUAUCACUUCCCACAUACUUAUAAGAGCACGGAUGUAUGAUUCUGCUAAGUCAAUUUUUAGGAAUUUAUCAGAAAUGGGUAUUGGGGCAAAAUCUGUUCUUGUUGCCCUUAUGGAUACUUAUUGCCUCUGCAAUUCAAACGUUGCCGUUUAUGAUGUUUUAAUAAGGGUUUAUUUGAGAGAAGGAAUGGUUAAGGACGCUUUGGAGGUAUUCUAUUGGAUUGGUUCUCAUGGAAUAACUCCGUCGGUUCACACUUGUAACAGGAUUCUUGAAGCAAUUGCCAAGUUUCAAGAUACUACCGAGUCCGUUUGGUCAUUCUUCAAGGAAAUGCUAGCAAAAUGUAUAUGCCCUAAUCUGAAGACAUUUAACAUACUCUUGCAUGUCCUCUGCUCAACUGGAAAGCUUAAGAGAGCAAAUCAAUUUCUUAAUAUGAUGGAGGAGAGUGGAUACAUUCCUGAUGUAGUUACUUACAAUACUUUGCUAAAUAGCUUUUGCAAGAAGGGAAGAUAUAAAUCAGCAUAUGAGCUGAUUGAUCAUAUGGCUUGUAAAGGUCUCAAAGCUGAUAUUUGUACAUAUAACAUGCUUAUAGACGAUUUAUGUAAGAACGAUAGGAGUGCAAAAGGGUAUUUGCUUUUGAAAAAUGUGAGGAAGAGAUUGGUAAUUCCAAAUGAAAUCACUUAUAACACCCUAAUCAAUGGAUUCAUGAAAGAGGGAAAGAUUGGAGUCGCAAUGAAGGUUUUUCAUGAGAUGAAGAGUCUGAAUCUGUCGCCAAACCUUGUCACUUUCAAUGCUUUGAUUGAUGGGCACUGCCGGGUGGGCAUGUUUGAAGAAGCUUCUGGACUUCUGGAGGAAAUUGAAGCAUUAGGAUUACGUCCCAAUGAAUUUAGCUACGGGUCUAUCUUGAAUGGGUUUUGCAGAUGUGGAAAGAUUGAUUCUGCAAGAUAUAUAUUUAAGAGGAUGAAGAAGGAUAACAUAGCUCUCAAUCACGUAUCUUACACAAUGCUAAUUCAAGGGCUAUGCAAAAGGGGGAUGAUUGAAGAAAGCCUAAAACUUUUCAAUGAAAUGGUUGGGAGUGACAUAUUUCCCGAUGUUAUUGCAUGCUCAGUUCUUGUAAAUGGGCUUCUCAGAGCUAGAAGGAUAAAGCAGGCAAAAGAGAUAAUGUGUAAAAUGUACAAACUUGGAGCUUUUCCGUAUGACCACAUGCACCGUAACUUACUGUACAACUUCUGCAAGCAGAACAGUAUCUUCCAAGCUCUGAAACUCUUCCAAGUGAUGCUGGAAAAUGGCCAUGAUGCUGACCUGUCUUUAUACAAUACACUCAUUUCUUGUCUUUGCAGAUGCGGAAAGCUAAAUGAUGCAGAGGAUGUCAUGCGUCACAUGUUAAGAAUUGAUCUUGUUCCUGGUUCUGCUUGCUUUGAUCCUCUUAUCUCCGGCUAUGCAAGUACAGGGGAUAACUUCAAAGUUUUAUCAUUGAUUGAUGAAAUGGCCAAUUUGGGAAACCAGCCUACCCUAUACACAUAUAAAGGGGUAUUAAAGGGACUAUGCAAAGGAGGAAACUUUACCGCGGCAAUCAAGUUGUUUGAUGGACUAUGUCAUUCUUCUCAUUUUGUUCUUGAUGUAGGUAUAUACAAUACAUUGUUAGCUGAGGCAUGUAAAAUAGGAUAUCUCCGUACGGCAUUGGUAAUUUUUGAUGAUAUGGUGCAUAAUCAUGUGAUACCUGAUGGCUAUACAUAUGCUAAUAUCAUAGCCGGAUUGUGUAGAAAUGGUAAAAUAACUUCUGCAAUUCUUUUAUUGCCGAGAGCAUUGGAAAGAGGAACCUUGCUUUCUAACCGGUUGAUGUAUACAAGUGUAAUAGAUGGGCUUUUCAAGAAUGGUUUACCAAAGGUUGCCUCUUGUUUCUUUGAUGAGAUGAUUAAGCAAGGGCUGAGACCAGAUGCUAUGGCGCUAAACACAAUGAUAGAUGGUUACUCAAUGAUUGGUCAAAUGGAUCAAGCAAAUAGAUUUUUCUCAAUCAUGAAGGUCAAAUUUUUGUCUCCUAAUAUUGAUACAUAUAACAGCUUAUUACACGGUUAUGCAAAAUUGCAAAAUAUAUCAGAGUGCUUUGGAUUAUACUGUUCAAUUUCAAGAAACGGCCUCACUCCAGAUAUGUCAACCAGAAAAGCUUUGAUCUUUGCACUCUGUGAGUCACAUAUGUUGGAUGUUGGGGUUAAAUUUGUAAAAAAAAUGAUAAUGGAAGGAGCGGUGAUAGAUAAAGCUUCAUUCAACAUGAUAAUUGCGAAAUAUAGUGAGAGGGGGGAGAUGCAGAAAGCAUUUGAUGUGGUGACUAUUAUGAACUUAGCAGGCGGUUUUCAACCAGAUGGUGAUACUUAUGAAUCAAUACUUAAAGGAUUAAGAAGAAUCUCUGAUUUCCAAACAUCUCGUGCUGUCUUUCAUGAAAUGCUGAAAAAUGGUUUCAUGCCGACUGAUAGACAGUAUGUCAGUGUGGUUAGUGGCAUGUGUAGGGUGGGAGAUGUACAACGAGCAUUCCAGUUUAAGGAUGAAAUGGAAUCUCUUGGCAUCAGGUCCCGUGAUAUUGCUGACAGUGCUAUUGUUAGAGGUCUUGUGCGCCGUGGAAAGACGGAAGAAGCAAUGCUUGUUCUUGAUUGUAUGCUAAGAGGUCAACUUGUUCCAACCAUUGCAACGUUUACAACUCUAAUCCAUGGGUUUUGCAAAGAAUCUAAAGUAUCUGAGGCUUUGAGUUUGAAAAAUGCAAUGGAAGUUCAAGGGAUGCGGCCUGAUGUUGUUGUUUAUAAUGUACUAAUCACGGGCCUUUGUGUUAAUUGCGGAUUAGAUUGCGCAUUUGAUUUGUACAAGGAGAUGAAGCAAAGAGGUGUUUGGCCUAACAUUACCACAUAUGCUGUUCUUGUUAAUGCGGUUCAUUCGGAUGAUGAUCAGGGGAAGGGUGAACAGCUUAUAAUGGAUCUUCAGGAAAGAGGAUUGAUAAGGCACGAGCUAAGUUCAGAAGCUCCUAUACAUCAAAGAUUGACAGUUGUGAUGCAGAGGCUUAACUUAAUGAGGAAGAAAAGGACAUACAGUAGUAGCAGAGAGAGAGGGUGGCAGGCUGUUAUAUAAUUAAUUGAUGCAGAGAAGAACCAUACACACUUUUACAACUUUUGCUUCAAAUGUGCUUCAGGAUUAACCUGGUAUUAUGGCUAAUAUUUAGGUCAAUUUCACAAUCAUUUUUUUAAAUUGAGAGGUUGUUUGGCAAAAACAAUUAUAAUUUCAAGAACCAGACGUUGUGUUUUGUGAAGAAGUAAUUAAAAUUAGUGAAUCCACAUGAAUGAGUAUCUCCUUUACACACGAGCAGGGGGCAUAGGCAGGAGCAAAAGCUGGGGUGGGCCGUUUCAAAGAAUUUUUACGGACAAAUUUUUACACAUAAAUUUUACACAAUGUAUACAAGCAUUUUCAUAUUUGGGGUGGGCCGCUCCAUCAAGUCCCCUACCUCCGCCCCUGCAUAUGAGGGCAUGAUUUAAAGAUCUUAUGCCCUUAUCAGUUUAUCUGUUCCACACAAAUAUAUACUAAACUGCAUACCUUCAUGUCACAACCCAUAUGUCACCUUGGCCCUUCGUCUACUAACAACUUCUUCCACUAUAGCUGUAAUAUUAGAAUCUCAGUCUCUUGGCAUUCCCAAUCUAAAAUAAUUAUUUUUUACAAAUGUUUCCUUCUCUAAUCAUACCACUUAUUCUUUUAAAUUUAUCCUUAUGUUGAUUUUCCUUUAUUAACGUCCUAAACGCAGAACAUAUGUUGCUUUUCUUUUAACAUACAAUAUAUUUAUGCUGAAUAACUUCCUAAACACAGAACAUAUGUUGCUUUUCUCACACCCUUGCAUGUUAGGCUUGUAUCCAACCAACUUCAAUACAAAACUCAAAGUAUGCUUCCAAACUGCUUAUAAAUGAAGAUGUAUCAGAGAUCCAACAUUUCAAGGAAGGUUUGUGUCUAUCACAAAGCAGUACAAAAGUAAGAUUAUUUGUAAUUAUCAUUUAUUGUAGUGAAUAUAUAUUACGGCUGCUUCGGCAUGGGUGACUGAUGAACUUCAUAGUCAGACUCAGAUACAGCAGACCAUAUAUCUCAAUUUUAUGAGGAAGAUAUUUACUUAUAAAGUUAUAAAGCACGUUGAGUUAGUAUUCCGGACACAGGUAAUUUCUUUCAAUAUCAUUCACACCACACAGAAGACAUAUAACAACAACAUUUUUUGUAUCCUUAUCCUAUAAUCUCACCAUUGUACCUAGGAAACCAUGUUGUGACUGUUGGUACAAUUGGCAACUUUGCUGUCAAUAAAACUGGACAGAGCUACUCAUGUUGCUCUAAAUUGCAACAGGAAGUCUGCUGUUGAAAAUGCACCAUUCACGUGCUCAUGUGAGACUUAUUACGAAAAGUCUGUUCUAAGGUCACAAGAAAUUUAGACUAUCACACAUAGACACAAUUUAUUUCUAUAGGCAGAUUGAUGAGCACAUACUGCUUUAAUAGAUACAGGUUUAAGGUCAUUGUGUAUCAAGAAAAAGACUGAUUUUUUUUGUGGGAUCGUCAAUGCAUUGAACUCCUCAGGAAAGCUGCAAUUGGUCUUGAGAAUCAACUGAUAGAGGUAUGUCCCCAAAUAAAUAUCCUCACAAAGUAACCAUCUUACCUUAUUUUAUCUUUGAUGUAUGCCGAACAUGUAAGCAAAAGAUGAAAUUUACAUCAUAAGGAGGUUGAAGACAAUCCACUGGCUUGUCCUGAGCUAUUAGAUGGAAUUCUGGGAAGGACUUUAGCAUUUCGAACUAAGAAGCAACCGCCUUAUAAUGCAUCAUCUGUGCUUAAAAUAUCAGAAGACCCAAUAUUUGUUCAAACAAGUCAAACCCAAUAUUGCUUUCCAUCCAUCUUACCUUAAAAUUUGUGAAAUACUCUUAACUAAUUCAUCAUUUCUGAAUCACUCAUCCUCCUACAAGGUUUUAAAUUAUCCAUCUAAGUUUAGCAUAAUUCGUUACUGUUUUCUCUAUUUAGUUAAGAUUUUAUUUCUAUAGGCCUCAUCCACAGUUGAAACAGCUAAAAGGACACAUUCAAAGUGGCAGUUAAUUAUUAAAUUAAACUACUUCUGAAUUUUGCAUUCAUAUUUUGCAUUGAUAAAUGAUAACAUACUGAUGAUCUGUGAUGUUUGUUUGUUUUUUAAAUAUACAGCAACAUUUAUCACACCUAUUACAUCAUCCAAAAACUCACCAAGCGCGAUGCCUUGUAAGGGAUCCCCCUAUCUGAUAAUGGAUCACCAAGCAGCUAUUAUCCACAAAAAAUAAAAGUUGUAAAAAAGGAACAAAGCAAUAACUGACUCUCUUUGUGAUUCGCUUAAUUCUAAUUGUUCAAUUACAUUAUGAAUUUUGUAUAGCGGAUUCUAUACUUGCUGUUCUUAUUGUCAUCCUUAGAGGUUGUUUGGAUCUACUGCUUGAAAAUGCUUCUGCUUCUUUAAGGAGUAGAAACAUAUAAUGAAGUGUUUGGAUAAAAUUGCUGGUGCUCCAAAUUGCUCUUAGAAGAAGUUUUUUAGAAGUUAGGGGAGACUAACUUCUUAAAAAUUAAUUCUGAUUCUGUUUCGCUUUAAGAAAUGAAGUAGAAGCAGAAUCAAUCCCAAACACCCCUUAAUUACUAAUGUUAGAUGCAUUAUACUCUUCCACAUACAAAAGAUAGUAUAUUCUAUUGAGAUUGCGUUAUAUAUUUCAUAACAAGAGAGCUCCUAUAUAUUCCCAGUUUAACACUUAUGGGGGUGAAACGAUACUACUGGAUUGUUAAUGUAGCCAUCUGUUAUUACGUCUCUAUGGAAACUUAUGUUUUUCUGUCAAUUUAAAAUGAUUUAGUCAUUUACUUUUUACAUUUGAAAUAUCCUACUAUAGCCAAAUUUACAAGCCUUAAAACAUUCACUCAACCAAUUGACUUUUACAUCUCAUUAUUAAAACCUUUCAACAUUUUCACCAUCACACUUUUGAAAUACUCAACUACAGAUUCAACUAAUGUAUUAACUUAUCAUAAACUUUUAUUACAUCAUUUGCAAUGGAGCCAAAAAAUCACUAUUUUUUGGCCCGGGAAUAUGAUGGAAUAAAGCAAAUGGGUUCACUAAACUGUCUGCGCUUCUUUGUUAUGAAACAACAGUCAAUUCAUGCAAUUUUUGACGCAAUUUUCACUAUGAGUCAUCCGGAAACAGUCUAUGUGCUUUAGUGCAGGGGUAAGACUGCGUACAUCCGACCCCCCUUACCCCAUUGUAGGUGGGAGCCUUUGCGGCACUGGGGUAAUGAUCCGUUCUUCCAGUUUUAUAUCUGCAUUUGUAUUUUGUGGUGUAUUGAAUAUUUGAUUACAUCAAAACACAAUUCUAAAUGACUCUACAAGCACAUUUACCAACAAACUCUAUUUAAUAACAAUACACCCCAUCCUGCUUCAUAUCGUUGUGCGAGGCAACCGAUGUUCUUUAACAAAUUCCUUCUACAUAGUUCCUUUGUUAUCAACUUAUCAUUACAUAGCUACAUGCCUACAUGUUUUUAUGCAUACAAGUUCAAUGAUUUUCCUAAAUGAUCACUUUUUGUGAUAUUCGGCCUCAAGAGAGAGUCCUUAAUAUUCAACAAGCCUAGUUAUGCUGGAGAAUCCUUAUUAUUCAACCAAAUGGGUCGGGAGAUGAUGAUCUUAACAUCAUGCCAACAGUAAUAUUACUUACUGAUCGAGAGCUGUUAUAUCGCCUUCUUGAGCCAGAUAUUCCUUUCACUGGAUUUCAGAUAUUUCCCAGGAGGAGUGCCCGCAUCAAGGAAAAAAUGGGUCAACAAUAAUUUUUUGUUCGAUCAGCAAUGUACUUUAACGGGGACUUCGCGAAACAGACUUGAUCUCGGGGGCCUUCAUCAAAACAGGAAAUGAUGGAUACUCUAUUGGAUUAUGACCGAUUGGAGAUUUGGAGCAAGCGGGUUUCUUAUCGAUUUUCUUUCUUUAAUGUUCUUUUCUCUAUUCACUAGCUUUUCGUUUCUCUAAUUUUUCUUCCUUCAUUAGCGUUUGUACUUGUUUUUAUAAUUUUAAUAAUACUCCUAUUUUGAUUAUAAAAAACGUAUACUCUUACAAAAAGUCUUACAAAAAAGUUAUGCGG